UGCGCAUGCGCACCGCUUCUUACAGACAGUAAUAGUGGGACAGUUUGUCCUGAAUGGUGGCAGCUUCACAAUGAGGAAACCUAAGUGUUGACACGCGCUGGUGGGAAUGUUAUGAGCUCCUACCUCAGGUUUCUAUACAAGUAUCCAGAUCGCUGGUUGUUUCUCCCCUCCGGAGCUUUGCCUGAUAAGUGCCUGCAGCCAUGCAGAGACUAAGGUGUCUUAAAAGUUGUUGGCAGUCGCUCAGAUCAAGCUGCGAGGGAGCAGCUAAACCAGCAAGAUAUUACAGCAAUAACCCCAGCUCCUUUGGACUCCUCUUUGACAUAGAUGGGGUCCUAGUCCGAGGUAGGACCCCGAUCCCUGCCGCUAAGCAGUGCUUCAGGAACCUGGUGGACCGCAAUGGGAAGUACAAAGUUCCUGUGGUGUUUGUCACAAACGCAGGGAACUGCAUGAGGCAGACCAAAGCUGAGCAUCUGUCCCAUCUGUUGGAGGUGGAGGUGUCUCCCGACCAGGUGAUGCUGUCCCACAGCCCUCUGCGAAUGUUUACACAGUUUCACAAAAUGUGCGUACUGGUCUCAGGCCAGGGUCCUGUUGAGGAGGUGGCUCACAACCUGGGCUUUGAGGAUGUUGUAACCAUAGAUAUGCUCAGAGAGGCGUACCCUGUCCUGGAUGUUGUGGACCACAGCAGGAGACCCAAAGAUUCUAUUCCUCCCACUAAAGGCUUACAGCCAAUAGAUGCUGUGAUUUUAUUUGGUGAGCCAAUCAGAUGGGAGACCAAUCUUCAGCUCAUCAUAGACGUUCUUCUAACCAACGGAGAUCCAGGCAAAUCAUGGACCUCAACCCAGUAUCCUCACAUCCCCGUCCUGGCCUGCAAUAUGGACCUGCUGUGGAUGGCAGAGGCAAAAAAUCCAAGGUUUGGACAUGGGAUGUUCCUGGUUUGCUUAGAGAGUCUGUACAAAAAGGUCACAGGUUACGAUCUGAAGUAUGAGGCUCUGAUUGGUAAACCAAGUGUGGUAACUUAUAACUACGCUGAGCUGUUAAUAAGGCAACAGGCGGAGAAACUUGGCUGGAGCACACCUGUGAAGACGCUCUACGCUAUAGGAGACAACCCCAUGGCAGACAUAUAUGGAGCAAACCUCUACAAUCGCUACCUUCAGGCCUCCCAGCGCACCAAAGCCAAAGUGAAGGCCAAGAGUGGAGGAGGAGCAGAUCCAGCGAAUGAAGCUGUCGAGAGCCAACAUAAAAUGACAGCGGCAGAAAUGGGCGGUGCAGCUUACGGGUCAGAGGAAGACCUUCCUGAAGGUUGCAGGUCUAUCCUGGUUUGUACAGGCGUGUACAGCAGAGAUCAACAGGAGCUGCCUUCAGAUCCAGCGCAGACGGUUACCGAGCAACGCAUCUUCCACGGCCACAGGGACUUCCGCUUCGACCCCACCCUCACACAGCCCUCGUUCGUGGUGCAGGACGUGAAAGAGGCUGUGGAGCUGGUUUUCCAGGAGGAAGGCUGGCCUCUAGAGUAGUGCAGAAAUAUUCAGAUUGGUUCUCUUUUUUUAAAAACUAUUAUACAUAUCCUGGCUGUUACUGAUUAAUUUUUCUGAUUGGCUGAAAAAGCUAUGUUUUCCCAAGUCUUCACACCCUCUUAAAAUGGCUUAUUUUUUCAUUUUUAUAAAAAAAAAAAAAAAAUUUAUAAUGAAUAAUAUCUUAACAUUUUCCACCAUUAAU